AUGGAGGAGCUGAGCCCCAGACAACUAGCUGUCAAGCAGCUGAAGCAAUGCUUCCUGGAGGCCUUAAAGGCCAAUAAUGCCCAGGAGGUCCUCAAGAUUCUCCACACCAGCAACUUAGACAUUGACACUGUGCUGGAGGUGGAGGACCCCAGCAUGGUUCUGGCCUCAUACAAACAAGGAUAUUGGCUGCCAGGCUACAAACUGGAGCAUUCCUGGGCGAUGGGUAUUCAUGUAUCUGUGAUGUACAAUGCUGUGGAAACAGCACUGGUGCUCCUUCAGGAAGGUGCAGCCAUCGACCGUAUGCCCAAUGGGAAGACGCCACUGCAUGUGGCCUGUGACGUCUCCCACAGCGAAUGUGUGGCAGUGCUUUUAGCCCAUGGGUCAAAGGUCAACAGUCUAUCGCUGAGCGGACACACAGCACUGCACUACUGCAUCACCAAAGAGUCAGUGGACUGUGCCAAACAACUCAUCCUUAAAGGUGCAAAAGUCAACAUGCCCAGCCAGAACAAUGAGGAGGACACACCGUUACAUACUGCAUCCAAAUUUGGUGUCCCAGAGCUGGUGGCUCUCUAUCUGGCCCACAGAGCAUCUGUGGAUGCAGUCAAUUCACUCCAGGAGACGCCCCUGAUGACUGCGGCUUUCUGGGCCUUUAAUGCCAAAGAACAAACCUUCAGCCAAGAUCACCAUUUGGUCUGUCGUCUCCUUCUGGACCACAAAGCAGAUCCCAAUCUCCAAGAAGAAGACAAUAAAACAGCUCUUCACAAGGCAGCCUGGAACUGUGAUCACGUCCUGAUGCAGAUGUUGCUGGAGGCAGGAGCAGAUUCACGAGGCAUGGACAUCAAUGGCUGCGCUCCCAUUCAGUAUCUCCUCAAAGUGACUGAUGUGAGGCCUAUGGCCAUACCUGAGCUGUGCUAUCAGCUUCUGCUCAACUACAAUGCAGCACGGGUCUACCCACCUCAGUUCGACAAGGUGUUGAAGUCCUGCCAUGACUACCCAGGAGUAAUAGAAAUCAUGGUGAACUCUUACGAACAUUUAAAGCCCACAAAUAAGUGGAGAGCUGCCAUUCCUGAUGACUGCUACAAGCGACAUAAAGGAUUCUAUGACUCUCUGUUUGCCGUUUGCACCAACACUCCUCGCAGCCUGCUUCACCUGGCCAGAUGUGCCAUCAGAGCUGGCCUGGGUGGCUUCUGUGACAGAGGUGUAGCACAGCUCCCUCUGCCAUCAACUAUUAAGAAAUAUGUAUUACUGAACCCUGAGGGGAUAUUGUACUGAAUGACUUUUGUACAUAAAAUACA